AUGACGUCCAUACUAUGUCUGGCGCAUUACUGCGAUCUACAUGGGCCGACGCCUCUCAUGGUCACCGAAGGUUUACCGGUACCGUGUGGGCAAUGUUGCGAUGAACCUACCGAUCCAAUACGACCACAAACGAGUGCUGCAGCCCAUGGCGUGCAGACCACUGUUACCGAUUCUCUACGAAAAAUGACAAUCGGAUCUCCGCGUAGUUCGUCGACCCCCGGUACCGAGCACGAAUCGCAGACGCACCGCGCAUCAUUACUUCGAGCGUCGAAACUCGGUCCCGGUAGCGCGGCUCAUUCGGCAUCUCUUACGACAGCAUCUAUUCAAACGCCUCCCCAAAGUCCCCGAAAUGCACCCGAAGGGUUUCCUGAAGCGAACGGCAAGGGGAAUUUACGCCGCGAUUCUAGUUUUCGCCGAACCUAUGACGACUAUGUCACGAAACGAGCAAACCCAUGCCAGAAUUGCGCACUGACGUUACCUAAGCGACAGGACUCGAAGAGCGGGAAGAAUGAGAACAUAGGUGCAACCGCAGAUUCAAAGUCUGAUCAACGAGGUCCCGUAUUGCGUACACGUGCCCCAUACGCUCGUGUCUACGGAGGAAACGGCGAGCUUAGCCCGCCAAACUCGAACCCGCAAUCUUCAUAUCCCUCUGACGCGGAAGAGGAUGUUUUGCCUAGAGAUCAUACCAAACGUUCUGCCUCGCGACGCCGACCGACCACAUCGACUUCACAUUCGAGCGUCUCAUCUAGAUCUAGUGUGGCGCAACAUACACACUACUUAGACUAUACAUCAACCCAUGAGUCGGUCGUUCCGACUACCUACUCUAUAGUCCGUGCCUCGUGUCUACGAACCCUCUCGUUUGAAACGCUUCCACGACGACCGGAAACCUCACAACAAGGCCCACCACUCUCUUCACCAAUAUCUAGCAUUCCGCCCCAGUUCCCAUCUGGGCCAUUCAAUCAUGGCCCGGGAUAUAUCACUGCGACGCCAAAUCCCCAAUCCGCAGCAAAUGGCGGCCCAAUCUUUUUUGGCGACCCCUUAGCAGGCUACACGACGGCAUACAUAUUCCGAAUACCGGAUGUGCACGCCCGUGGCCGCAAGAGGGUGUACGCGUUUCUGGCGCUUAGUACGCACCGUGAGCGCCUCGCCAUGAAGACAUUUAGCUUCAUAUCCGCGGCUUUCCGAGAUCUGGUAAACUGGAUCCAGGAACUUGCCGAGGCGGAAGCCGAACGAGAGCGCGAGCGAGAGGAGGCCAACAGCCCCGUCGCGGCGCUGAAUGCGGCGUAUAGCCAAAGUGGAUUUGGUGGCGAUGGUCCACGUGAUAGUGGUAUUGGUCUGGGUCUUGGAGGUGGGUUUGGUGGAUCGACCUUAGACCGGGAUCGAGGGAGGGAGAGGGCGAACGACACAAGCAGCUUCCUUACUGGUGGUGGUCGCGGCGGCUUCGUGCAACGCAUGGGUGGGUCUAUGGGUCCCGGUGGAUUUGCGCCUAAGGCACGCGGGCUUGCAGAGCUAGUGGGCCUCCCCGACUUCUUCAUCGAGUUGCAUUCACGCUUUGUGCAGCUAUUGUUGGAGUUGGGCGUCGUUCUCUCAUGA